UGGGCAUCAGCUCUUCUCGUUCACUACAAAGCAUCGAACGACACAUCACUGGAGUAGUGAGCGGAGCAUCAGAGAAGCUGUGUGUGUGUGUUUUUACCUUCAGCUCUGAAACUACAUCCAACGACGGGAAAGGAUUUAAAGUUGUUUGAUAAUUGACUGAGGGAUAUACACAGCAUGGAUCUUCUUCAACUUGAACUCUACAUCCCAGAAGAGGCUGAGGUGAAAAACAUCCCCAUGCAGAGCUUACCAAACUCAGUGCUCAGAAGAAUGGGCCUGCCCCCGCCUGCAUCUAAGGGCUCCAAUGCUCCUGCAGACCCUCAAGAAGUCAUAUGGAUUUGUCCAACAGUCAUACGGAAGAAAGAGCAGACCCCAGCCUCCCAAACAGGAAACAGUGAGACAGAAAACAUGUCAUUAAAAGUCUCCAGAGAGUUUCGGGAUGCACCGGGUCCCAUCCAAAUGUCUGUUGUUUCCUCCAACUGCACAGCUUAUAAACUGCUGCAGAACAUGAUGCCUGGAAAGAAGGUCUCCAAACGCACCUCUAAUACACCCCCCUUAACUCAGGGCCCACCGAUCAAAACCCAACAAGAUGUUAUUGUCCUCUACCACAAACGCAUUUACCUGAUUGUCAAGAACCCCAAACGGCAGAGACCUGAACCAAAGCCGGAGGCCUGGUCCUCCCGCCAGUCAGCAUCAGCUGUGUCAUGUGACAGCCAGGAGAAGGCUUCUCUUGAACCUGAAGACAAAGAACUACAAGGGAAGAGAAUGCGUGUCACUUCCCCAAAACGCCAUCUACUCACCAAACCAGAUAAGCCCUCCACCAAUAAGAGGCUGCACACACAUCAGGAGCUGCUAAAUGACAACAAGUUAAACAACAGGCGUGCUAGAAGAAGGCGGACCAUUGGCUUGCCUACUCCAGUGGACCAGGAGGAGGAGGCCAACAAUGUCAGUGAUGAAUGUGAGACACAAGACCUGCACAGUCCACAAGCUGAGAUAUCCUCUUCCCUAAACUACCGUAUGGACAAAAAAAUGCAAAGAGAAUAUCAGAAUGACAACUAUAGCUGUACCAGCAGGGUUCCUCAGAGUGCAUCUGUUGACUUGCCAUCACAACAGCAGUCAUGUGACUUCGCAGCGCUGGCACAGAGUGAGAAGAUUGCCAAACUGAAAGCCAAACUCAAACAACCUAACCCGCACAACAAGCAGUCGACUAAAUGAUACAAUCAGAGUGAAUAAAAGUAAUGAUGCUCCAGUUAAGGAAAAGAAAACUUAAAUUCAGUUUGUUAAAUAUUAUUUGACUUGUUCAUGAGGCCAGAGGAUCAUUUUUCAUCAUGUUGGUUUGUAGGUUAAUCUGUCAGUUCUUUUUCUUCAGUGUUUUUUGGUGUAAUCUGGUAUUUCGUGGUGUGUUGUAACAACUAGAAUGUUUGAACCAAAUCAAGACAGACAGAAGAUGUUGCAUAAUCUUUACAGAUUGUAAAGCCUGCUGAGAUCAGUCUUUAUCAAGGACAGAGAUUCUUUUUGUUUGUUAUGUAAGACGGUCAAAAAUACA